UCCUGACUUCAGCUCUGAAAUCAAACCCGUCACACCUGAGAGAGCUGGACCUGAGCGUGAAUAAACUAGGAGACUCUGGAGUGAAGCAGUUAUGUGCCGUACUGAAGGAUUCACACUGUAAACUGGAGAGAUUGAGGUUAAGCUGGUGUGAUAUGACAGAUAAAGGUUGUUCUGAUGUGACUUCAGCUCUGAAAUCAAACCCGUCACUCCUGAGAGAGCUGGACCUGAGCGUGAAUAAUCUAGGAGACUCAGGAGUAAAAAACCUCAGUGAUCUACUGAUGAACCCACAAUUCAAGCUGGAGAAACUACAUCUACGGUGCUGUGACAUUACAGAUGUUUCUUCUUUAACUCAGUCUUUGACGAACUCAAAAGCACUGCAGUUUUUAAAAGAGCUUGAGCUGAGAGACAAUAAGAUCGGAGACUCAAAGCAGCGGCUCAGAGACGAGCUACGAGACUCAAACUGUGUCCUGAGAGCAGAUGAUGAUGAUCUAUUUACCAAGAUUAGAAGACAUUUUACAUAGUUUAAAUCUGUGAAACGGAGAUGAGAGGAGCAGAAACCAUCAGGUGAUCCACAGAAGAGUCUCACUGCUGUCUAUGAGGAGAAAUACAUGUGUAAAUGUGUUUCAUACAGGUGGAAGAGACUCAGACUUCACUAUUAAAUAAAGCAGCGUGUGUGUUAGCAUGUGUAUUAGAAA